AUGGGACAGUCUGUCAAUACAAAACAGAGAGGUUUGAUACAACUUGUCCUCCGAGUGGGACAACCUGUCACUACCAGACAGUGCGGGCUGGAACAACUUGUCCUCCGAGUGGGACAACCUGUCACUACCAGACAGUGCGGGCUGAAUAAGACAAAACUUAAUGUACUUCAUGUGAAGGGCGAAAACAGUUCAAAUAUAGCUGGUGGAAAGAAUGCACAUUUUUAUCAACUGGAAUGUAAAUCCGCCGGUGCCUUUGUAGCAUCCGCAAACACCAGCAUGCAGAUAAAAAUUCCAGCACCAACAGAUUUUAAGCAGGAAAUCAAGAAACCAACUGAACCAACCAAAACCAUCAAGCUGGUCAUUACAGACAAAAAAGGAACCCCGGCAACAUCAGUUCACAUUGGCGAUCCAUUGUUGUUAAAAAUAACUGGACCAGCUGAUUAUACAAUCGAACCUAUUAGUUGUAAUGCGUCAUCAUCUGUGGAUACAGAUUACGUUAUGUGGACCAACGACUCUUGUUCUUCAAAGGAUACAGCUGUGAUCGAUAAUGCUUGGAUUCAUAACAAAACAAUUCCUAAUAUUGUUUCGAUAUCAAUGUAUGGUUUUCGUUUUGUGAAGUCCAACACAGUAGUGGUUACAUGUUCUGCCUUGUUUUGUCCAAAAGGGAUGACAUGCUCUUCCAAAGUAGUUACACACACAGUUCGUCGGAAUAAUGGCAGUAGCAGCAGUAGUUUGUAUUCUAUCAUUGCUUUACUUUUCAACAAUAGUUGA